GUUUGAGGAAGUAGAGACGGAUCUAAUUCCGGCUUCAAACAUACACAGUUCCCGUCGGGAAAAUGCUUAACCGGUUGCCAAACCAGUAAUUUACCAAUACUUUUGGAGAGUUGUAUUACUAUCUGACUGGCUUCGCCAGGCUAUGGGAGUUUUUUAAACACGAUACGGAGAAAAUAGCAGCGAGAAGUGAAUUUGAAUAUUCAGACGGUGCUAAAAUUCACGCUUAGGAAUUAUGAGGGAUUACUACACAACGUGUGGUUUUAGGAAUUCACUUCUAACUCUAAUAUCUACGUCACAAUGGAUUAUUCUAUCGAUUCUCUUUCUGAUGACCGGACAAGGGAGUGGUCAGAUAUGCAACACGCCUAAUUGGCGAGAAUUUGGCAAGAACCAGUACCUUCUAGUGAGUAACGCUGUCAUAGCAUGGAAUGAUGCUAUGGAAUAUUGCCGUUCACAGGGUGGAGACCUCGCAGUUAUAACUUCUCAUGAACAAAACUCGUUCUUGAACACUUUUACACUGAAAACAACGGAUCCGAGUGGAUAUAGCUACUGGAUAGGCCUGAGUGACAUAGAUGAUAACGGAGAAUACACGUGGGUAAACAACACGCCGUCCGGGUAUUCAAACUUAAGAUUCCAGGGCAGGCAAGGAAGAUGCAUCCGGCUUAGAACGGCUUACUUAGGAAAAUGGGAGGACAGCUUAUGUACAGAUACACGUGUUCACAUUUGCCAGCGUGAUUCAGAUCCUCGUUGUUCUUGGAACCAGUACGGGCAAUCAUUUUAUCGCUUCAUGGGAGAUGGGAGGAGUUUUGAUUCAGCACAGACUGAAUGCGCGAGCAUCGGAGGAAGAUUGGCGAUUAUCAGAUCAACGGAAAUUAAUACUUUUUUAACAUCGGUUUUAUCACCUGCUCUUCCAUCUGCUAAUUGUUUCUGGUUUGGUUUAAGUCGAAACUCAGAUAGUGAUCCAUUUACCUGGAAUGAUGAUGCUAACUUGAGUGACCCUCAAUGGGUUCCUGGUGAGCCAUCAGGUUCUUCCGGACGGUCCUGUGGGUGUCUGUGGUCUGAUGGUAACAAUGUUGACAAUCAUGGUCGAUGGGACAGUAGGACCUGUGGAGACGCACUGCCUUACAUCUGUGAAAGACCACAAAUCCCACUUAAUGGAAAGUGGAUAGAAAUUGCAGCAGUGAAAGAUGUGCAGUAUUACUUCUCAACAUUUCCAUCGAAUUAUUUUGAUGCAAACGAGUAUUGUCGGCAAAUAGGAGGACAUUUGGCACAAUUGAAAACAUCAAUGAUUCACACAGCAGUGACAACUCAAUUUGGAGAUAUGCAGGUCUACAGGUUUUUCUUUGGGCUAGAUGAUCUGAGUAACGAAAAUAAAUUUAGAUGGGCUGAUGGCACAUUAUUGAGCGAAACGGGAUAUUCAACAUGGAUUGGGUCAAACCCGGAUAAUUAUGCAGGGUACGAACAUUGUGUGGAGAUGAAUCACAACGGUGGUUGGAAUGAUCGAUAUUGUAGCGAUCGAUUACGAUUUGUGUGCGAGAAACCAGAAGUACCUCCACUUCAUUUGAUUGCGAUGACGUCAACACCUUUCGGGAGCCCCGAAAACGCUCCAACUUUCUCUUGCGUACUCUCACCGGACAACACACAGAAUACCAUAACCUACACAGAGAGGGUAGUUAGACCAAGCCUCACUCCUGGAGGCUACACACUGAACGUACCGGGCUCGGAUGUAACUCCAAAUGGCGGACUAACACAGAACCUACCUGAUGAAGCGACGGCUGUUGGCGUUUAUAAGUGCUCCACUACAUCUACAAUCACCGGUACUUCAACAUCAGCAGAUGUGACAAUUCUCUCACAAGAAAGACAUUUUCAACCAAGUGACGGUCGCCUCACCAAAACAGUUUAUCCCGAUGAUGACAUCACGCUCUCAGUGUCUACCACUGAUAGCUACGCAUCAGGGACGGCUGAAAUCCGGUGGAGCACAUUCUCAAACUUUGCAGAAGGAUCUUUAUCUCCAAGUGGAGAUGGAGCUCUGACCUAUACCAUUCGUUCAGCAUCUAAGAGGAAUGCAGAUGUCUACGGAACAUUUGAAAACAAUGCAGUGGACAACCGUCUUUACAGCUUGAUUCGCGUCAUAGUUAGUGAAUGUCCCCGUGGCCGAUGGAACCUACCGUUAUGUGAUCGUUUGUGUGAUAACUGCUACAAUGGAGGGAUCUGUCAUCCUCAAUCAGGAACGUGUAUCUGUCCUCCAGGAUUCAUGGGCAAGAACUGUUUAACUGCAUGCGGGAAACACCGAUUUGGAUGGGAAUGCGAGCUCGAAUGUGGUGACGAGAAAGUCUUGGAUGCUUGCAGCGGAAGUCAGAUCUGCCUACCCGAUCCUUAUGGAUGCAACUGCCUCUCUGGUUAUACAGGAAUAUACUGCAAUGAAGAAUGUACUCCAGGAAAGUUCGGUGUUGACUGCCUUCAAUACUGUCACUGUGCAGGAGGGAUGGCAUGUGAUGCUUUCACUGGAAGAUGUGAAGGAAGCUGCGAGGAUGGUUGGUCAGGAAAAGGCUGCCAAGUUCCAUCCGUGUGUCCUGUUGGUUACUCUGGAAUCAAUUGCACUGAGUUCUGUAACUGUCCUGAUCUGUCAGAAUGCGAGAAGGAUUCUGGGUUCUGUACAUCAUCAGAGGGACUAUGUGAGGUUGGGUUUGUCGCUGAAUCACCAGAAAAGCCAGACAGAUGUGCUACAUUUGUUGGGUGUUUUGAGUCCUGUUCUAAGACAUGCCAUUGUGCUGCUACCGUCACGUGUGACGAGUCGGGUUCGUGCACUUCAUGUCAUCCACGAUGGUCGGGAGGCAAUUGCCAAACAGAUCGUUUUACCGCUACUAGAGAAAAGACGAACCCAGGCACUGCAAUCAUUUCCUGCACAUUCGCUACCAAUUCAGAUGGUGGUCUCUCCAUGAGAGCUGCUAUUGGGGACUUCGCAACUGAAAACUUCUUUACUGCUACUCCUACUGACACAAGCGACGGAUCAUCGUUGCGAUCUAAUUUUACACUUUCCAUCGAUGACAUAGAAACUAAAACAAUUUACUGUUGCGUUGGCAAUUCAGCCAGUGACGAUGGAUUUGCUUAUGUCAGCGUGCCCCCUCAGAGGACAUUCGUUCUUCCGGUCUUUAACAGCCAGCCAAGGUUAGCAGAGCUAGGUUACAAAUAUUCGGUUAUUGCAUGGGAUUCUUGGAGCCCUGGCGUUGAUGUUGGAGACGGCCCUGUCAUCGGCUAUAAAGUAUACGUUUCUUCUUCAGAUGGGAACAAUACAAACACCUUUAUAACGGCAUCAGGUGUUCCAUCGGAAAGGCCAGGAUCUGUGGCUUCAAGGAAAAGAAGAGGGUAUGAAGGAUCGAUGAAAUCUUCCUAUGAAGUGUUUACAACGGCGAGGAAAGAACGAGACGGAAGGCAGAUGAAACACCUUCGGGUGGAAUACUUACCCAGGGAUUCUUCUCGGAAAAAGAGGCAAGGAGAUAUAAAAAUCCUGAUGCACAAUAUCACUGGUCUGGACGAGGGUCAGUCGUAUGAAAUUCGUAUUUCAGCAGUUCGUGAGGGGCUGAACGGUGAAGGAGAAAUGGGUCCUGCUUUGAGUGUGACCCCUCGCGAGAUACCUGUAGAACCGCCAAUUGGUUCUUCUACUAUUGGUCCUAUCGUUGGUGGCGCUAUAGGUGGAAUAAUCAUCAUUCUGUUGAUUGCUGGCCUGGUGAUCAUAAUAAAAAAAAAAAGGGAUCGACCCGAAGAAGUUUCAAAACCUGUGACUUACAAAAACGAUGGAUUUAUCGAAGGCAUUUCCACUGAUAAAGGCCAAGAAACAGACCAACCAUCUCAGCGGUAUGAAAACCUGGGGCGUCGGAAACCGAUGGAACCUUCAAACCAAAUUAUUAUGCCCGACCUACCAACUAGGCCUACUCCUUUAGACGAGGGUCACAAGCCUACACGAAUUACAGUAGAGGAGUCUUCAAAGGAUCGCCGCCUCAUACCUGUCUCAAAGUUCGCCACUUUUGUUGAGAAUAAUAGGCACACUGACACAUUCUAUAAGGAUUUCCUUAAGUUGGCAAACGUUUGUCCUGGUCCUCCAGCCUCGAUGAUAAGAACUGCGUUGAAGAACGAAAACCGGUCAAAGAGUCGAAACACGAACAACCAUCCACUGGAUAGGAACAGAGUCAUCCUAGAGUCUGUGGGCUCUUUAGAUUCAGAUUUCAUCGAUGCCAGCUACGUCAAGGGGAUCCGAUACAGGUUUAUAACUACACAGAUGCCUAUGCCUAACACAGUCGCCGAUUUCUGGGACGUGGUAUUUUACAACCAACCAACUGUUAUCAUCAUGCUUAACGAUGAUGACAGACGUAACAAGAGUUUUGCCCAAUACUGGUUGGACAAUGGUGUUGCCAUUUUCGGAUCCUUUUCUAUCACUACGGUGUCUGUCUCUGAGAACGAAGGACUGAUAGAGAGGGAGAUGCAAGUUACUAGAAAUAAUUCAAAGGCUCGUCAUGUAGUGAAGCAGUAUCAGUUCUUACACUGGCCAAAUGAGGCCGAGCAGCAAGCGAAUCGAGCUCGUCAACUAAUCAAUCUGAUGACAAAAGUUCAGGAAACUUUAGAACGAUCCCGAGAAGGGUUCCCAGUACUUGUUCAUUGCAUGAAUGGAGUUGGCCGAACUGGCGUAUUUUGUAGCACGCUUGAGUGCAUCGCACAAGUAAACGAAGAGGGUGCUGUUGAUGUCUUUCACGUGGUGAAGAUGCUCAGAAGUGAAAGGAUGCAUUUCGUACAAACCGAGGAGGAAUAUUCGUUCAUUUACGAGCUGAUCAAAGAAUAUCUUCAAGAAAAUGAGUACGAGGAUCCGCUCCCCGAGGUCUCGCCGAACGAUCACACGUACACGUAUGCUGAAUCCCCUCUGGCCCCAGGUUCCGGUGAGAGCGAGCAUGUAUACGCAGAACUGCAAGAGGGCGCCCCCGAUAAAGGAGUGUAUACCCCACUGAAGACAGAAAGAUAAUCCCGUUGGGACAAAGAUUCUUCCAGCUAUGGAAUCCAAGUACUCGGGAACGGUUUAAAAGGGAAAAUAUUAAAAGAUGCACUUGCAUUCACUGAACACCUAAACUCUUAAGCGUGUAGACAGUUUAUAGUCAGCAAACAAGCCGAUAAUUACUUGUAGGAGUUUCACUAUACAGAUUGAAUGACAGCACUGCAUACUGAUGUUUAUGUUAUAAUCUAAGUGUUCUAAAAUUCAUUUUUGUAAUUCAUUUUUCAAAGGUAGUAAGUCGACUCUUGAUGGAAAUUGUAUUCAUUCUAUACCCAGUUACAUGUUUUUUGAAAGAAAUAUAUUGUUAUAUCUUGGGAGUAUUAGUGAUACAAGAAUCGUUGCUGCACGGGGGAAGGGAUGGCAAAAAGACAGCCUCUACUACCCCCCCCCCCAAAAAAAAAAAAAUGUUCAAACAUGCACACAAGCAUAAAGUGUGCACGUCAAUUAUCAAAUUUCAACAUAGUAAAUAUUAUCUUUAUGACAAGAUUGGCCACUUCGCACCCUCACUUUCUUAUUAUAACAUAUACUACGUAUUUUAACCUCAGUCCCCAUAAAUUCAUCUUCAUUUGCCAUU